CUUUUUUUGUUAGUUCACAACAGCUGAGAGUCAAACAGGUGAACGACUGCAAUUCCUGUCAAACAGAUUGGUUCCAUCAUUGAAUAAAGCUUUUUGAAGACCCUCGUCAGCAAUUGACCCUUCAAAUGUGCGAUGCCCAAAAGUGACACCUGGCCAGGGGGCAUUUCCAUUGAAUCUGUGUCUGGAAUGGACAGUGCCGGAAGCUGUGAUAGUGUGCAUAGCGUCACCUCUGGAUUUAGUGAUGGCAGUCUGGAGCACCUUUCCGCUGAGGAGAUAGCCUGCCUGAUGUUUCUGAAGGAGACCAUUGAGUCUUUGGAGGCAGAAGAUGACAGCGGUUUGUCUAACGAUGAGCCUGAUUGUCCAUCCAAUGGCCUGAAAGAAAACACUGCUCAUCAGACCUCCAUCAGUCAGAACAAAUCUCAGGAGUUCUCUGCCCUGGAAGGUCAAGUCAAAGGGAUUGGUAAAGAUGGUAAACCUCCUCAGAAGUACCUUGUGCCAACCCCAUUGCUCCUUGCCAGUGGGAAUGGCAAGAUAGUCAAACCUGUGGUAAAGGCUCCCGUAGAAGCACCUGUGGGAUUUAUUGAUGCACCCGAUGGGUUCAGAUCAAGCCCUGACCAUCAACAACAUGGACGGAUAGUUUUAGAAGAUGCUCCUGUAAAAGUAGCACCAAGCAUUGGACUGUUAAGUGAUGUGGUGGACUUGCCACCUUCUUUCAUACCUGAACCUCCAGUUAAAACAGGUUUGUGUAAUGAAACCAAAGCCAAAGAUGGUUCUUCAGAGAGUUUAAUUGUCAAACCCCAGCUGAAGGUGGAAAAGGUUUCCUCAGAGGUGCCACUGGAAUUUAUUCCUCCACCUUCAGACUUCAUGGACAAACCACCGGAUUGGCCGCCACCACCCAUUUACGAUGAACCCCCAGAAUGGAUUCCCGAACUCCCCAAUGUGGAGCCACAUACUUCUGCUGAAUCCGUCAAGCCAACGGAGGUGACCAAAUCACAAACUGUAGACCCAGAAACAUCAAAAGUCUCAUUAUCCCACAAUGAUAUUGAAAAUCUACGCAAGAAGGCCUCCUUUAAGAAAGCACCACACUUGGCACCGAUAAUGGUUGCACAGCAUUCUUCUGUAGACAAACCGAUGACGCCUUCACCAUCAUCUGAACACAUUCCUGCUUUACCAAAAGACUACAAUGACUCUAAAAGCCCGCCUGCGGUAGCACCCAAACCCAAGAAACUCCCAUCCAAUAUCAUCCUCAAAAGUCACAAAGACACUGGGACGACCCAUUCAUUACUACCGCAAAAUGAACGCAGUCAAAUGGAUCCGCAGAAAAUCCGAAUGGAGGCUUUGAUGAAACUAGGCCUGCUGAAGAAUGAAGAGGUUGAAACAGGUCCUAUUGGUGUCUCUCCCUCUCAUUCCCCAACAUUCAAAGCUAAAUCUCAUCCACAGUCACCCGGUUACCCGACAGCACCUGUAGAAACUGUUCAAGAACCAUCUAGACUUUCAGAAAGUCCAGUGGACGUGCAGCAACCUACAGAAGCUAUAAAGCACCAAGAUGUAAAAAGCAGAGAAGGUUCUUUUAAAAAGCAGGCAGUAACGUCCUUCCAGAUCAAAUCGGCAUCCUUGGACCGUGCAGCGAUUCCUCCACAGACAUCAAAUCCAGACAGGACCAAUGUUGAGUUGUCACCAGGCCAGUUACGAAGAAGUCGAGCUGGACCUUCUUCUUUAGGGAGUGCAAAGGAGUUUAGUAUCAGCCAUUUGGCUGAAGAGUCACACAAGUUGCUUCAUGGAGCUGCAGUCCAGCACAGCAAUGAACCCCAAAAGUUGCCUCGCCACAACGGAAUAAGCGUUAUGAUUUCCCCAAAUGGUAAAAAUGGGGAGAAUCGAAGGGAAGCCUUGAAGAAACUGGGAUUACUGAGGGACUAAUGGAGCGGCAGCCUUUGUGGUCUUAAAUGAUGUGGUCUUUGGAAUCAAUUGUAAUGUUGUUUUUAUUGUGGGCCUGGUGGUCGGAUUGUAUCCUUAAAGAAUUAAUUCACCCAAAAAUCAAUAAUCUGUUUUUAGAUAGUCAUCGCCAUGUUGUUCCAAUCUUCUGAGACCUUCAUUCAGCUUUGAUGAAUUGAUGGGACGUUUGGAUCAUUUUACUGACUCAGACUUUUGAGUCUAUCUAUUUAUCGAGAUGAGCGAAGCUUUUUUUGAGUCAUUUCAUUCAAUUUGCCAAAAUAACUUAAUGUUAUGAGAUGCCUCCAAGCACAUCAACAACUCGCCCAAAUGUUGCUCACACUACAAACAAGUCAUAAAUAAAAUGCUACUAUACAAUGCAAUGAAAAAAUUCCUUCAUUGUUUACCUGGUGUUUUAUCUAUGAUUAGCUCUGCCUACCUCUUCUGGCAAAUCUUUAAUUUUGAGUCAUUCAUUCACCUGACACUGACAGUUGCAUAAGCUUAACCAAUGUGUACAGUCUGAGACUGAAACCCCCAUGAUUAGUUCACCUUUUGAGUAUUUUGGAUUUUGAGUCGUUCGUUCAUCACGAGACAGCAUGUAAAGAGAUGACUCAAAACCGAAGACUCAAGAAAUGAACAGAUCGAAUCUUUUUCAGCCUCUGACUGCAUAUGAUUGGUUUCUGUCUUUCACAUGAUGUGCAAAACACCUUCACUAGUGUGCACAUAGACUGUUUUUGGUUCCUUUUUUGGACUUUGAACAUCUCUGGACUGGUGCUUUUCAUGAAGGGUCAGAGAGCUCGUGGAUUUAAUGUAUCUUAAUUUGUGUUACGAUGAUAAAUGAAGGUUUCAGUGGAUUGGAAUGACAUGAGGGUGGCUAAUUAACAGAAUUUUUAUUUUUGCGUGAACUGAUCUUUUAAUCUCUGAUUGCACAUUUAAUGCAAUGGAAAACAUGUGUAAAUUAAUUUGGCAUUGCUACAUCCACAUGAAUCCAAAAAUAUCUGUUUUUAAACGUUCACAUUUUACUCAUUAUCUAAACGAUGCUUAUGUAAACGAGCUAUCAACACUAGUGCAACAAACAACAAACCCAUGGCAGGACCAUGUUGACUUAUCGUCGGUCAGUUACGAAAGAGUUGAGCUUGACCUUCACCUGUAGGCAGUCCAAAUGACUUUAGUAUCAGACAUCAGGAUACAAAGUCAACUAAACGCUGCUGUUAUUCAGCCUCACAACGAUGCCCAAAACUUGCCUCAGCCCAAAGGAAUAAGCUUGAUUAUCUCCCCACAAUCUCAUUACUGAAGGACUAGUGGAGUUACCUUUCUCUGGGUACUUAAUUGACAAUUAUUUUUGGAUGGAAAUAAUACAGACUUUGACUCUGUUUGCGAUGCGUUUCUUUUCGGCUUGGUGGUCGAUUUGCAUCCUUCACUACCUGUCACAUUUUCCAAAGGUUUUCCAAUCUAAACUACUGCUACAAGCUAUAAACCCAGACUGGACCCAUGUUGAGUUGUUGCCAGGUCAGUUUCGAAAGCUCAAACUCCUAUUUAUAGGGAGCGCAGAGGACUUUGGUAUCAACCGUCAGACUAAUGAGUGUCGACUCAAUCACUGGAUGCUGCUGUGGUUCAGCUGGACAAAAAUACACACAAAAAAACAGUACAAGUGUGAUGAUCUCCCUGCACAGUAAAAUGGACAGAACCAAAGAGAAACAAUGAAGAGACUGUGAUUACAGAGGGAGUAUUUUGUUGAAGCCUCUCUUUGGGUUCUUAAUUCACGAAUUAUUCUGGGUUUUUGGAGUAAGAUUUUUGCAAUAUAUUGGAGCAUUGAUCUUUGGGGAAAGAUCAAAAGCUGACAAAGUCAUACAUUAUAUUGACUUUGGUUUUGGCUUUGUAGUCAAUUUGCUUCCCCUUACUGCCUUAAGUAAAUGGCACAAUGUAUAAUAUACAAUAGGCACUUUCUUGUCAAUUAAUUUGGUAAGACUACAUUCCCCAUGACUUCAGAUUCAUUUGGAAAUGUUACUGUUAUUUCUUAAUGCUGUCCUACCAUGUAUUGUCCAAAACAUGUUGUGUAAAAGAGCACCACAAACACACAAAAAACAGAACAGGGCCCAUGUUGACUUGUAACCAGGUUAGUUAAAAAGGUAGUUGAGAUUGAUCUGUAAUUUAUCUAGAAUUUUUUAAAUGUACCAGUAGUGAGCAAGUGAGAAUAUAGACUGGCAGACAUACAAAAACAUCAGAUCUAAUGUAAUGUAAUUCAUAUAGCGCAUUUAUCACGUAUGGCCAUACACCCAAAGCACUUCACAAUCAUGAGGGGGCUCUCUCCACAUCACCAUCGCUCUGCAGCAUCCACUUGGAUGAUUGGCAGCCACAGGACAAUGGCGCGAGUGAGCUCACCACACACCAGCUAUUGGUGGAGUGAAGAGACAGUGAUAGAGCCUACUUAGUGGAUGGGGAUGAUUGGAAGGCCAUGGUGGGUAAGGGCUAAUGGAGGAUAUUUGGCCACCCCUACUCUUUACGAGAAGAGCCAUUGGAUUUGUAAUGACCACAGAGAGUCAGGACCUCGGUUUAACGUCUCAUCCGAAAGAUGGUCUAUACAUCCAUGGACAGUAUAGAGUCCUCUUCCAUUUACUGGGGCAUUAGGACUCACACAGACCACAGGUUGAGCGCCCCUGCUGGUCUCACUAACACAGCUUCCAACAGCACUCUAGUUUUCCCAGGUGGACACCCAUCCAGGUACUGACCAGGCUCAGCCCUGCUUAGCUUCAGUGAGUAACCGGUCUCGGGCUGCAGGGUGAUAUGGCUAUGAUCUGGGUAAACCUUCCUUGUAUUUUGAUGAAAAGCAAUCUGAAGCAUGUACUGUAUGCAAACUGACAUUAAUCUAAAAAUGAAGACUAUACAAAGCAACUGCUGUACAAUUUUAUCCACCAUUUUACCUGAACUGGUCAUGUCUAAAAUGCAUCGUUUUCAAAAGCCACCAUUUUCACAGUCCGUUUUGCAUUUUCAAAGUCAUCCACUUUUCUAAAAGAUCAUUUUUUUACUAACAUGGAUGGAAAGCUAAAAUGGAGCGAAAAUUUUGCAUAUUUUUAACGAAUACAAAAGUAUGAAGAUGGGCUGAGGAAUGUAUUUAUAGUGCAGCCUUUGUCUGAAUGCUUAAUUCACUGUUAAUUUUAGGUAUUUGUAGAGUUAGCAUGGAAAGGAUGAAUGCUAACAAGGUGUCACAUCAUAUUGGCUUAAUAAUCUUAAACGACACUGACUUUGGCUUCAUUUGUGAUGCUUUUGUUUUUGGGUUAGUGGUUCAUUUGCACCCUUUACCUGAUUAUGUAAUUGAUGUAAUUUUGUUCAUUUGAAAAUGGUGUUGUUCUCCGUUCACACAGUAAACUAUCCAAACCAAUUAUUGUAUUACUAAUAAGAAUUAUGAGUCCAUUUUCUGCACAAAUGUAAAGAUUGUAUGACUUAACACUGAUGUUAUCUUGCUGUUCACUUUAGAAAUGUUAUCUUUACUAUCAAACAGCACCAUGAAAAAAGAUUAGCAUUUUAA